GGACGGAUUUCGUGUCUUUGGAGCAAAAUAUUUACAUCAUACACAGGACAUGUUUAAGGGUUUUGUCUCAGAAGUGGCUGACUGAAGCUUUGGGAAGAGCGAUCGCGGCGGCUGUACAUGUAACCAGGCCGCGGUAGAUGUUUUAGAUGUAUAAGGUACGAACUAAGUGACACGGCGGAUUGAUCGCGACGUCGCUCUUCGUAUUUUCCUUUUAGAGAGAGCGGCACGGGGUUUGGGAAAACGGGAGGUGAUACGAGCUUGAAGCCGGUCUGAAGGCUCUCGGGGGCAGCAGCAGUAACACUUCGGGGGGAGAAAAAAGAAGUGAGAACUUUGCAUUGGUAGUUUGUAACAGAGAUUCAUUCGUUUGUUUUACUUUCAUUUUGGUUUAUUUAAUGUGCCUGCGUUGUUAUAUUUACUGCGUACACGACCACCGACGGCUGCUCGGCGUUUAGGCGACUCACGGUUUCUCAUGAAUAGGAUGUUAUCCAGCCCAGCUGGGUCGGCACUGAGCGGAAACGGAUCAGCGGGCGCGAGCGGUACAGCUCACGGUUCUGUGGUGCUCGGCGGCGGGCUGCGUACUGGGCUCGCCCGGGCCGGACAGCCAGUGAAUACCGGAGGUCCUUUUCCUGGUGCUGCAGGACGUGUGGGGGAUAGCGCGGGGAUGCUGGGAGGUAGCGGGCCUGGGAUCUCGUCCAGAACGGGUGUCAGACCCGGGAACGGCAGCGGGCUGAGCGCACUUCAGGCCGCCGCUCAGCCCGGUGUAGGAGGAGGACUCGGUGCAAUGCCCGUCAGAUUUGACCGGGACAAAGAAGUCGGUGUACCGCAGGUCUGCAGCGCCUCGGACGCCGACUCCGAAUCGGGAGACGAGGACGAACCGACAGGAUCUUCGGGAAGCAGCAGGCGGGGAGUGAAGCGGGAGAGAGCCGAGAUGGAAGGUGCAGGAAUCGGACAGGAGGCCGGAGCUCCACCUGGGGGUUAUGGAGUGCUGAGUGGCGGAGUCGCUGGAGCAAAGCCGGGCAAAAAAACACGCGGGCGAGUCAAGAUUAAGAUGGAGUUCAUAGACAACAAGUUGCGGCGGUACACCACUUUCAGCAAGAGGAAGACUGGUAUUAUGAAGAAGGCGUAUGAACUCUCCACACUAACAGGCACUCAGGUGCUGCUCCUGGUGGCGAGUGAAACGGGCCACGUGUACACAUUCGCCACACGCAAGCUCCAGCCCAUGAUCACCAGUGAGACGGGCAAGGCUCUGAUCCAAACGUGCCUGAACUCUCCAGACUCGCCUCCCCGCUCGGACCCGUCCACAGACCAGCGCAUGAGCGCCACAGGCUUUGAGGAGACCGACCUAACCUAUCAGGUGUCUGAAUCCGAGAGCCUCGGAGAAACUAAGGACACUCUGAAGCCAGCUUUCACUGUAGCCAGCCUGCCAGGUAGCACCAGUGCCCAGGCCACAGUGCCCACCACCUCCACCACCAUGCAGGUGAGCAGUGGCCCCUCCUUCCCCAUCACCAACUACCUGGCACCCGUGUCAGGCAGCAGCAGCAGCGUCAGCGGGAGCACCGCAGCCAACACUAACGGCACUGUUCUGAAGAACGCAGCCGCCGGUGGAGGGGUCAUGCAGCUCCCUGGAGGCUUCACUUUCAUGUCAGGCACUCCUUUCCCUCCUGGGACUCCAGCCAUCCCUUUGGGGCAGCUGCAGCAGCACUCUCUGGCUCUACAGGGCCAACAGGGUCAGACUCUAACUACUGCCACGGUUACAGCUACACAGACCCCACAGGCCCAGCAAACUGUGUUUCGUCUCCCCGCUGCAGUCUCUCUCACAGGAGGAACUGUACCCCAGCAGCUCCAGGCCAUCCAGGUGCAGCCCAGCACUCAGUCCAGCUCCAUCAACACUGACAGCAGCAGCCCUGAGAUCUCCCAAACCAGCACCGCCUCCACAGCUACAGUCAGUCUCCCUGCUACUAUCAUCACAUCAUCAGUGCCCACUUCUGUAGCAGGUCACAUGAUGUACCCAAGCCCCCAUGCAGUGAUGUACGCCUCGGCCCCCACGCUGACCGACGGUGGUCUGGCUGUGCUCAACGCCUUCUCCCAGAGCACCUCGGCCAUGCAGGUGUCCCACGCACAGGCCCCGGAUACAGGUGCAGUUCCUCAGGUGUUCCUCACAGCACCCCCUGGCACGGUUCAGAUCCCUGUUUCAGCGGUGCAGCUACAUCCAGUACGGCAAGAUCUCCACUUUACAAAUGGUGAUUGGCCAGCAGUCCAGCGGCAGUAACAGUAACCUGACGGAGCUUCAGGUGGUCAAUCUGGACGCCACUCAGGGCAGCAAGAGUGAUUGACAGGCGCCGCUGACUGAAGGCUCACCAGAGACUUACAUCACUAUUUAUUGAUGCCUUGUUCCAUUUCAAAGCAUUUCUCAUCCAUUUACGCCAUCCGAGUGUGUGACUGUACAGUUUGUACUGUAAAUGUGCGUCCUGACCUCACAAGGACUCUGAUGAAUUGAGAGAAAGUAAGUCUUCUCAGUUCUGAUGUGCGUGUUGAAAUUUCUAGGACUCUAAUUCUGACAUGCGUUUUUUGCAUGUUAUUUGUACGUGUGUGAAUGUAUGAGCUUUCGAUUCGUCAAAGGGAAAUGAAAAACAGUGUUACCCAGCUGUUGCACACACUGCAAGCCUCUCACUUUGGCCAAAGAUGAAUUAUUUUGUCAGUAUUUCUGUGUGGAUAUAUAUAUAUAUAUUUGUUUGUGUGUGCUUGAAUAGAAAACGUUUCGAAGGUGUGAACUGUAUCAGGGGGAUCUCGGCUAAGAAUGAGUACCGAUAGGUGGUGGCUUUGAAGAAAAUCAAAUUGGAGCUGUACAUAUUUUUUAUUUUAUUAUUUUAGCGAUAGUGCAAUGGCAUGUGCUGUUUGUGUUUUUUAAAAGAUGUUAUGUUUUGUAUUUUACUUAUACAAAAAUAUUUACCAAUUGUAAAUUUAUGUAAUAUACAUAUAUAUUUUAUUGAUUAUAUGAUAAUGGAGAAAAAGAGUGAAUUUUUGGUCAAGGUUGUUUGUACAAAAAAAAAAAAAGGAUUAAAAACUCAUGAUUUCACAACCUUUACUGUAUUCUGUAGGCAUAAUCUGUUAUGCAUUGGCCAGCUGUCUGUGCUGUAGUACUGUUACUGAAGGCUGUAGCAGACCAGCUAAAAAACACUGCACUCUACUAGUAUUCAGUGCCUUGCAUAAGUAUUCACCCCCCUCCCUGACCUUUUUUUUUCUUCCCCCCACACGUUGUAGUUUUACAGUCUGGAACUGAAAUGGAUAUAAUCGGGAAUCUACACUAACCUAACCACUAACUCAUUUCCGCCGAUUUGUAGAUCAUAGCCAGAUUGAACUUACCCCCAAUUUGGUAAUUUGCCAAUUUCCCCACCAUCAGCUUGCUCUCUUCAAUCAUACAGCAGCAGGUACUUGAGAUAAAGCAAAAUGUGAAGCCUGACAUGCAUCACAUCACACAGUUUAACACAAUUGAGUGAACAGCACUAACUUCCCUCUUCCGCAUACACAACUUGGAGAACUUGGUUAGUUUUGCUCAGAGUGUCUGGUGAAAGAAGGGUUUUUGGUAACCCUUAAUUAUGUCUAAGUUAUAAAUAAAUAGGAAAUAAUUCAAGGUGGAUUGGGGGGGGGGAUACUUUUGCAAGGCACUGUAAGUGUUAAUCACACUCAGAACUGAGAAGGUGAGAUUAAAUAGAUAUGAAAUGGGAAUGGUCAUGUCCUCUCUGAUGAUUAAACCUUAUUGGAAAAGGGUAUUAUAUACUUGGUAUAUGUUAAAUAACACUAAAGCCUUUGAAAAAAUUUCGCAUCAAACUGUUAGGCAGUUCAGGUGACUCAAAUGACCGUGUCCAUGAGCUCAACCUGACCUCUUCAUCCUGAAGUCAGUCACUCUGUUUAUGCUUAAGGGCUCAGUCGACUGUUAAUCUGUCUAACGUGUUCACAAUGCAAGCAGAUUUCUCUCUGUUUAUUUUAACCAGCAACUACCAUGAUGAAAAAAACCUGCUGAAAUCGCAGCCUCACCUCUUUUUUUGCUCAGUCCCAGUUUUUAUCAGCCACUGGUUCUGAACCAGGCCUCAGUAUGUGUGAGAGUUUGGACUGGUUCGAUAUAUUAGUUCUUUUUUUCCCUUUCCCCUAUUUCCUGGUUUUAACACUCUGACUUCUCACUUUACCAAAUGACAAAGUAUGAUCAUGCUGCAGCUCACACACGUUGCCCUUAUGCCUUUUUGUAGAAAUGCUGUAUUUUGGAAUAGUAUUGUACAUGUUUAUUUAUAUCUGCCUUUUUUUGUGGGAAUGGCUUUCUGUUCUUAGUUGAUGCGGCUUUCACGGUUUUGUUAUUCAGUGCCCAGUUUAGCAUUUGGUGGCAUGGAGUUGUGCAAGGUUCUCUUCAAGCCAAACACUGUUUCUCCUACACUCUUGUUUUUCCUCCUUUAGAAAAUGUGAAAUCUUUCACUGAAACCUUUUUUGUUUGAUACAUUUUUAGAUGUUUGUUUUCUAGUUAUGAAGUGGUGUGAGAAACAGAAUGAACACUGGUUCCUUUUAUUGUUAGAAUUUUAAGGUUGUUGCUUGCUUUUCCAUUUAUUAUUUUUUUUUUCCUUCUUAUUUUGGGGAAUCUUCAUGUAACAGCAAGUGUACAGAAAAUUUUGUAAUAAAAAAAAAUUCUAUUGAU